GCUCGUUUGGUUGGCUGGUGCUCGAUGCGUUGAGGAAAGUGGUAGUCGUGGUUGUGGUGCCGAAGCUGUGGAGGUGGCACACUGGAGACGGUUUUGGAAAGAUGUAAAUGGGUGCUUAAAACCUGACGUGCACUACAGUGCUCAGCUAAAAAUAUGGAGAACCGUGGCAUGGACGCACUGGACAAUGAACACGGGGGCAUCAACCUGCUUGACCUGCCCUCCGAGAUCAUCGAGAAGAUUUUGCGGCAUACAAACUUUGCGACCAUUAGCAAUGCGCGCAUGGUCUGCCACCACCUGAACGAUGCAGCGUCUGGACUGCUCAACUCCGAGUUCGUGCGGCUGCGGUUGGCAAUGCAGCAGCGCUUCCAGGGCAUCAAGGCGCAGAUGCCGCGGCGGGAGUCUGCGCGCCGCAAGCACCCACUCUCGCGCGAGUGUGACAUCAUCGAGACGGUGCACAUGCGCCUGACCCUGCUGCAAAUGACUUUUGGAAAGCACAUUGAACGCAAGCACUGCUGCUUCUUCCCAGGGGAGAUCUUGGACGAAGUGCACCGCAUCCUGAGGUACGUGGAGGUGACGCCCACACUGAGCCGUGCCUACAAGGUGACGGAUGAGCUCUUUGACCUGACCACCAUGGCCAUGGAGUAUUUCAAGGAGCACAUUGAGCCCACGCUGCCCGAGAUCAGCUACUUCGCAGCUGACUUCCUCGACUACCCUUCUUCCUACUCUUCUUCCUUGAAAAACCAGAUUUCGCUGAUGGAGACGCCGCCAUCUACAAGCACGCAAGGUUCAUUGUCCAGUGCACCCCAGUCUCCCCAGCCACCUCCAGUGAAUCCAACAGUGAAGAAGCGCUUGCGCAAGCUGAGGGAAAGCAUGAAGAAAAACAGCGGACAGGUGCUGGCGCUGCGUCGAGAGCUGAAGCUGACGCGCCGGCGGGUAACCAGCCAACAGCGGCACAUAGUGGAGAUGAAGGCGCGCCAGGACGACUACGACCAGAAGUUGCAGACAACGUCACGCAAGCUGAAUGCGGUGCUGCAGGAACUGAACAGGUGCAAGACGGAGCUGCAGUACUGGCGCUCCAAGUCGCCUGCUGUGCCGGCAUGUGCCUGCGGCAAGACCACUCCACUUGGUGGGGGGCCUGCCCAGGGCGCCCCCAUCGAUUUCAUGCCCAUUGACUUCCAAGAGGCCGCCUCUUCCUCUUUCGGACUGCAGGGUGAGGGACAACUGAAGCUGGUGCCUGCAUGCUAUGGCACUCCACCAGAGAAUAUCGUGCUGGGCUUGAGUGACUCUGAGUGCGUGGCAUUUGAAGAAGUAAUCACAGAGGCGUUGCCUGUUAACAAGACGGGGCCUGUUGACAAGUCGGCACCGCCAAGAGCUUGCAAGCGCAAACUUGAUCUGGAUGGAGGAGCUACCACAUCAAGCCUGGUCAUCAAAGCACACAAAAACUUUUGUGCACUGAGCAUGGGAUCGAACUUGGCUACUCCACUACCUCGGCUACUCCACUUCGAGGUAUAGCCACUGCACUACACAAGCAACAGAAGCAAGUCAACACUCCCAAGUGUCAGCCUUUUCCCGUCCGUGUGUGUCAGUGCUAGUUAAUGCAUACAAGUACCAAGUUAAUGCUGUUGUCAGCCUUGAAGGAAGGUUCUCAUAGCUAGUAGUGACCACUGCUUCAUCCACAGUUAAACCAUAAUUCAUUGUCAUCAAAAUCCAAAGUUGCAUUCACUGUUUGCACAAACAUCCCCACACUGUUUUGUUCACUUUCUUUGCUUACUUUUUGUUGUUGGGAUUUCUUAGCUUUUGGAGAACCAAAUAAAAAAAAAAUCUGUGGGUCUUGCACAAAACCAACAAACAGGACCAAGCGGGGGCACACAUUGGGUUUCGUUCACGUUGGCUCUUGUCUUCAAAGCUACACUCGUGUGAGAAUUGCACGAGGGUUGUGCAGUUUCAGCACUACGCACAGGCAAUAACUAGACAUGGUUCUGCAUUUCACACUGUGGUGUCUACAGUUUACCCUGGUAGAGAUGUUUGCCAUCAUGUAUGCUCGCUUUUUUUUUUUUUUUCCCCAAUUUGUAAUGUUGCUUCAUGACAAGAAUGAUUGUGGCAAGAGCUCUGCGACUUUUGUUUCCAGAAUAUAGCUAAUUUGAUUGUCUACAUAUUCUACAAGUUGUGCGAGUAAACAUUUUUCUCUUGCAUGUUUAAGGUGUUCUGGCCAAGCUGUGUAAGAGUGCAGCUGUAGGGGCUGGCUGGCUCUACACCGUCUUGCUCUGAACCCAUGUUGUUUGAACAUACAAAAAAUGGUGAGGAUGUAAUGAGAUGCAGAUGUGUACUUAAGACAAGCACUGACCACAUCAGUGUGUUAGCACUGUCAAAAGUUUUUGGGUUAUCGUGUAAUGGUGCAUGGGUGGUAGCUCAAAGCAUUGCAUCUAGGCUCACCUGUUUCAUGCUUCUGUUUUUGGCUUUGUAAAGCUAUGAAGUUCUGUCACGUCCUCAAGCUAUGUGCAUGUUUUCACAAUGUGAGCACAGAGCAAUAUGUUAUUUCAGUAAACUUUGAAGCAAAAGCGAGGAUGGCCUGCAAUUGAAGGUGUAUUGUGCGCAGCCAGCCAAUUGCAGAGAUUGUCAACAUAGUUUAAGAGCUUUACACCGCAUAUUGCAGUGUCUUUGAUUGGCAUGAAACUUUUUUUUUUUACCUGUGCCUGAUUGUAUUCAAUGGCUAGCAAGCUUUUUAAGCAUUGCAAUUUGUGUGCAGAGUAACCUUUGCUUCCACCUCUUCCUGCUGUCUGGGAAAAUGCCUUGUAUGUGUGCGUGUGUGUGUGUGUACUAGCGAGAGUGUGAGCACUUUUUGCUUCGAUGAGAGACUCUCUCUCUCUUGCUUUAUCAUGAACUUUUUGCCGAACGUGUAUUGCCCAAAAGCACAGUCUUCUGAACGCUUUCAUGUCUUUAAUUUUUUUCGUGGACACCAACCACAAGUGGUGGAGUAGCGCAUGUUUUAUGAUUUGUGCCAAAUUGCCAAGCUUCCUUUUUAAGUAUAGAACCUUGAACCAGGCAUUCCCUGAAGCAAGUUGCUUUAUAUUAACGUUCGCAUUGUGAGCUGAAUGAAAUGAAGGCUAGGGUAUUUGGUCAUGUGCAAUUGUGUGUAUGUAGUGGUGGCCCCUUUAAUGGUGUAAGCAUUUCUAGUGGAACAAAAAGGGCGUCCAAAUAAUGGAACAAUCAUGCCUCGGCUUGUACAGUUCGAAUGAAACGGGAAGGCUCUUCAAUUGUGCUGGCUGCAUGGACGACGUAACUUUGUGAAUUUUUAGUGUCUUGGAGAAAUCCGUAUGACAUUGUGCCACAUUUUUAGUAAUGACACGUUGAUGUGUUACAUUGAGUGUGCCUUUGUGCAUUUUUUAUUUUUUUUUUAUUUUUUUUUUUUUUUUUUUGCUGUUGCACUAGUACUGUAGGAUAAAACAUAUAUCAGAUUGCUUGCCUGUUUAAAGUGGAUGUAUGCCGUAGCGUUGUGUCAUGUAUUGCAUGUUUCAUUGCCUUAUACAAAUUUUUCUUUUUAAAUUCUCGCUCAACUAUGGUUGCAUUCUCUACCUCUUGAGGUUGUUGGGCAGUACUAACAAGGGUUUUUUUUUUUUUUUUUUUUCCUCUUUCCCGUGACCCACAGAAGAUCUCAAAUCUCCAAAUGUCACAAUGUAACGACACACACAACAAAGAUACCAGUGUGUAUUUUGCACAGUUAUAUUGUGGCUGUAGCUUAAUGCUGUAAGCACAAGAUGGUUAUUUAUUGUUUCUUGAAAUAAAGCUAACACUUCACAA